AUGCCGCGUUCGUUCCUGGUUAAGAGCAAAAAGGCUCACAGUUACCACCAGCCGCGCUCCCCGGGACCCGACUAUUCCCUCCGCCUGGAGAAUGUACUGGCGCCAGGCGGAGCAGACAGCACCUCGAGCACAGGCGGGGCGAAGGCGGAGCCCCGGGGCCGUUUGUCCCCCGAGUCUCAGCUGACCGAAGCCCCCGACAGAGCCUCCACGUCCCCCGGCAGCUGUGAAGGCAGCGUCUGCGAUCGGAGCUCGGAGUUUGAGGACUUCUGGAGGCCUCCGUCGCCUUCUGUGUCUCCAGCCUCGGAGAAGUCGGUGUGCCCCUCGCUGGACGAAGUUCAGCCCUUCCCCCUGCCCUUCAAGCCGUACUCGUGGAGCGGUCUGGCGGGUUCCGACCUGCGGCACCUGGUGCAGAGCUACAGGCCGUGCGCGGCCCUGGAGCGCGGCGCCGGCCUGGGCCUCUUCUGCGAGCGCGCCCCGGAGCCAGGCCACCCCGCGGCGCUGUACGGCCGGGACCGGGCUGCUGGCGGCGCGGGGGCCGGGGCACCCGGGGGAGGCAGCGCAGGAGGCGGAGCUGCCGGCGGCGCGGGCCUGGGGCUCUACCGCGACUUUGGGCCCGCGGCGGCAGGACUGUACGAGAGGCCGGCGACCGGCGGACUGUACCCGGAGAGCGGCCACGGGCUGCACGGCGACAAGGGCACCGGCGUCAAGGUGGAGUCGGAGCUGCUGUGCACCCGCCUGCUAAUGGGCGGCGGCGCCUACAAGUGCAUCAAGUGCAGCAAGGUGUUCUCCACACCGCACGGGCUCGAGGUGCACGUGCGCAGGUCCCACAGCGGCACGAGACCCUUUGCGUGCGAGAUAUGCGGCAAGACCUUCGGGCACGCGGUGAGCCUGGAGCAGCACAAAGCCGUGCACUCGCAGGAACGGAGCUUUGACUGUAAGAUCUGUGGCAAGAGCUUCAAGAGGUCAUCUACACUGUCCACACACCUGCUCAUCCACUCAGACACCCGGCCCUACCCCUGUCAGUACUGUGGCAAGAGGUUCCACCAGAAAUCAGACAUGAAGAAACACACCUUCAUCCACACUGGUGAGAAGCCCCACAAGUGCCAGGUGUGUGGCAAGGCAUUCAGCCAGAGCUCCAACCUCAUCACCCACAGCCGCAAGCACACAGGCUUCAAGCCCUUCGGCUGCGACCUGUGUGGAAAGGGCUUCCAGAGGAAGGUGGACCUCAGGCGGCACCGGGAGACACAGCAUGGGCUCAAGUGA